AUGGCGACGACUGCUCAGCUUUUCGAGGAGCCCUUUGACGCUGAUGAGUACAUUGAAAGAUUGGCCUGGAGGACUCCGGGUGGGGGAUCCAAAGGAGGAGCUGAAGCAUUUGACCCUAAACGGUUGUUGGAGGAGUUUGAGAACCACAUCGAGGAGUUGAAACAACUAGAUGAGAAGAUACAGCGGAGGGUAGAGAAGUUGGAGCAUCAAUGUCACCGUGAAGCUAAAGAAUUUGCCCACAAAGUGCAGGAUCUGCAAAGGAGCAACCAGGUAGCCUUCCAGCAUUUUCAGGAGCUGGAUGAGCAUAUCAGUUACGUGGCAACCAAAGUGUGUCACCUAGGCGAUCAGCUGGAAGGUGUGAACACUCCACGACAACGUGCUGUGGAAGCUCAGCGGCUGAUGACCUACUUCAACGAGUUCUUGGACGGGGAACUGCGUAGCGAUGUAUUCAAUAACCCAGACAAGAUUAAAGAGGCUGCUGAUAUAAUUCAGAAGCUCCAUCUCAUUGCCCAGGAGCUGCCAUUCGACAGGUUUUCAGACGUCAAGGCCAAAAUUGCAAGUAAGUACCAUGACCUGGAGCGUCAGCUAAUCCAGGAGUUCACUGCUGCCCAACGCAGGGGAGAGAUUGGACGCAUGCGGGAGGUGGCAGCAGUUCUCCUACAUUUCAAGGGUUACGCUCACUGUGUCGAUGUCUACAUCAAACAGUGUCAGGACGGUGCUUACACGAGGAAUGAUGUGUUUGAAGACACAGCAGCCCUCUGCCAAAGGGUCAACAAACAGGUGGGCGAGGUCUUCAGCAGCCCAGAAACCGUCAUGGCCAAACUGAUCCAGAAUAUCUUUGAAAAUAAAUUACAGGCCCAUGUAAGGGAAAAACUGGAUGACACGCGGCACUCUGACGUGGAACAGUACCUCAAGAACCUCUAUGACCUUUACACAAGAACCACAUUGUUGGCCACCAAGAUCAGCGAGUUCAACCUGGGCUCGGACAAGCACACGUUUCUGUCCAAGCUCAUAAAGAGCAUCUUCUCCUCAUACCUGGAAAGCUACAUUGACAUGGAGAAGGACUAUCUUCGCAAUCGCGGUGCCAUGAUUCUUCAGCGUUACUACGACUCCAAGAACCACCAGAAGCGUCCAAUUGGCACCGGAAGUAUCCAAGAACUAAAGGAGCGGAUUAGACAGCGCACUAAUCUACCACUAGGCCCUAGUAUUGACACCCACGGGGAGACCUUUCUCUCUCCAGAAUUGGUGGUCAACCUUCUGCAAGAAACUCGUCACGCUUUUGAGAGAUGCAACAGGCUUUCAGAUCCUGCAGACCUGCCAAAGAACGCCUUUUUAAUCUUCUUGCUGCUGGUCGAACAUCUGUGCGUGGACCACAUCGACUAUGCUUUGGAGAUCGGUCUUUCAGCAAUUCCCUCCUCAGAUGCCAAGAACGCCAAUUUGUAUUUCCUGGAUGUCGUCCAACAGGCUAACUCUAUAUUUCACUUGUUUGACAAGCAGUUCAACGACCAGCUUAUGCCUCUCAUAAGUUCAUCUCCAAAGUUGGCUGAAUGUUUGCAGAAGAAAAAAGAAGUGAUCGAACAGAUGGAGGUAAAACUGGACACAGGAAUAGACAGAACGCUAAAUUGCAUGGUGGGACAAAUGAAGCACAUCUUGGCAACAGAACAGAAGAAGACUGACUUCAAGCCAGAGGAUGAGAACAACGUCCUGAUGCAGUACACCACAGCCUGCGCCAAGGUCUGUGUCUACGUCAGGCGGCAGGUGGAACAUGUGCGGAAAUCUAUGGAUGGCAAGAACGUGGACACGGUGCUGACAGAGUUGGGAGUUCGCUUCCACCGACUCAUUCACGAGCAUCUCCAACAGUACAGCUACAGCUCUAUGGGAGGCAUGCUGGCCAUCUGUGAUGUGGCUGAAUACCGACGAUGCGCCAAGGACUUCAGGGUGCCUCUGGUGCUGCAGCUCUUUGACACUCUACACGCCCUGUGUAACCUUCUGGUGGUCGCCCCUGACAACCUAAAGCAGGUGUGUUCAGGCGAGCAACUAACCAAUCUGGACCGCAACCUCCUGCACGCCUUCGUCCAGCUCAGAGUCGACUACCGUUCAGCACGAUUGGGUCGCCACUUCAGCUAA